GGUUAAUCUAAAGGGAACAAACUUCAAAUUGAAAAUAUUUAUCAGUAGAAGAAAUUAAACAUGCCUAGCGGACCCAAAACUAACAAGUACCUUAAUCGCCACAGUGAGGAAGCUCGCAAACGCGGUGAGGAGCGCCUCCAUGAGUCCAGGCAAGCGAAGGAGAUUGCUGCAGAGGAUGCAAAGUGGAAGGAUACCGACGCUAAAGCCUCUAAAAGGCUUGAAAAGCAGCGUGAGGCGGAACGCAAAAUGGAAGAAAAAGCCCUUCGCGAAGCUGAAAAGCGAGAACAAUUGGCGAAGGAAGAGUCUGAGUAUCAAAAGGGCAAACCCCCAGCCCAUGUUCAGAAGCGCGAGCUUCAGAAGAUCCUGAGCAAGGCCCUGAGCGCGUAUGAUAAGGAGCGUGACUCAGUGCGUGGUUCUAUCCCAGAAAACAAGACCAGUGCUACUUAUGAUGCUAAUGUAACUGAAUUACCGAAGCGUAAUGAAAAUCGUCAGGUUAAGGUGGAGCCAUCUGUUGACCCUAAUACAAUUACUUCUCAUGGAACUAUCGACGCGGCGUUGCGGAAUCUUAACACUCAGCAACAGGCUAUUCCUGAAAAUCGCCAUAUUGGAAAGCGUGCGAAGACAUUGUACAAGACCUUUUACGAGGAGCAACUUGAAAAAGUUAAGAUGGAGCGUCCGGGUUUGCGUCGAACCCAGUACAAUGACAUUAUUUGGGAGAUGUGGCAAAAGUCCCCGCUCAAUCCAUUCGUGUUACGCAGCGAGGCGCGUGACCAGGCCCGUUUGGAGGCGGAUCGCAAAUGGAUGGAAGGAGGUUCUUCGAAUGAAGACGAUGAAGAGAGCAUUGAAAACAAGUAAAGCAGGAGAUAUUUUUGGCAUGCCCACGCUCAUACUUGGAGGAGGGGGAAACUGUAUAAAACAAACUCUCCUAUAAACUUGCAGUUUUGGGAUUCUAUUUGUAAUUUGUCCCAAAGUCUGAUGAAUUAAUAUUUAUCUUUCUUUUUAUCCUUUUUUGUUUUCCAAAUAUUUCUAAAAGCGAUAUUUCAACUAUUUAUUCAAUGUCAUUUGAGGUUUAAA